AGAGAGAUGAGGCAAAGAAAAGAUCGAGUAAGAUCAGAUACAGUCGAAGAAGAAGAAGGCAAUGAAAGAGGGAUAGGAGGGAAAGGGUUCUACGCUUGCUACCUCCUCUGCUCCUUGAGCCCAAGACACAAAGGUCAGACUUACAUAGGGUUUACAAUCAACCCUUGUCGCCGGAUUAGGCAGCAUAAUGGUGAAAUAAAUAGUGGUGCAUGGAGGACAAAGACAAAGCGCCCUUGGGAAAUGGUAUUAUGCAUAUAUGGAUUUCCAACAAACGUAUCUGCACUCCAGUUUGAGUGGGCCUGGCAGCAUCCAAAGGAGUCUUUGGCCGUUAGAAAAGCAGCUGCAGAAUUCAAAUCCCUCUCUGGGAUUGCCAAUAAAAUCAAGCUUGCCUACACAAUGCUUAAUCUUCCUGCAUGGCAGAGCUCAAACCUCACUGUAAACUUUUUCUCAACAAAGUACAUGAAACACUCUGCUGGUUGCCCAAGCUUGCCAAUGCAUAUGAAAGUUCAAGUUUGUUCAAUGAACGAACUUCCCUGCUACAUGGGAGGUGGACAAAUUUUAGAGGAUAAUGAAGAUGACUGGGAAGCUGAAAAUGGGUCUGAUGAUGUAUCAGUAACACAGAUGAGUAUACAACAACUUCACGAUUUUGCCAAAUAUCGUUGUAGCAUUGAAAUGACUGCUGCUCCUGCACAAACCGGAAGGAUGGGAGAUGGUUAUCAUUUCAGAGAGCCCAGGAGCCCCCUCGCUCCAAAAGGAGAUCACAGGGUUCCUGUUUGUGCUGGUGAUUUUAGUGUAACCGGAGCCUUGGGCACUGAAGAUGAAAUUGAAGAUAAAGGUCCCUUUGAGGUGAUUCAAAAAUGUGAAAGGAAAUCAGGUCAGUCAAGCAAGCUGCAUACACGAAAAGCUGCUGAUAAUGGUCAACCACCACCAACUGAUAGUCUUCUUUCCUCUCCUGAAGUUGAGAUAAUAAAUUUGUUGACUCCCUCACCUGACUCCAUUCUUCGAUCUUGUUAUAAGAAGAGAGCUUCCUCAGUUUUUCCCAAAAUUAUUGACUUAUCAGAGUCACCUGUUUUUAUCCAAUUAUGAGAUGUCCGAUAUGUAACCAGCAAUUGAAAAGAUAAAAUGCAAUUUCUCACUCUGAAA